GAGUUGGCGCGGGGUCCGGCCGCCGCCGCUGGAAGGCAGGGGGCUCCGCAGCUCCGUGCCCUCGGUGCGCUCCGCCGCUGCGUCCCCGGGGACUUGGAGACCCCACGCGCGCGGCCCUCGGGGGACUGCUGGACACGGUAGGCAUCUCCUGAACAGCCUGGAGCUUGCAGUGGCCAGAGCUUCUAACACCGUCAUCAAAGCAACUUGAAUCCCUUGAAUUUGAUUGCUAGGAACGUGGGCAUAAUACCUUUGCAGACUUCCCAACGUAAGCUACCCAGGACAAGCUGGGCUGAUAAAAGAUAAAUACACAAGCCCCUUUGACAGGAGACUCCGUCCUGCAGAUACCUGAAGAACUGCCCAGGUGGGACACCAUGGAAGGCGACUGUCUGAGCUGCAUGAAGUAUCUGAUGUUUGUUUUCAAUUUCUUCAUAUUUCUGGGUGGGGCCUGCCUGCUGGGUGUCGGCAUCUGGGUCAUGGUGGACCCCACUGGCUUCCGGGAGAUCGUGGCAGCCAACCCGCUACUCAUCACAGGCGCCUACAUCCUCCUGGCCAUGGGGGGCCUGCUUUUUCUGCUCGGCUUCCUGGGCUGCUGCGGGGCCGUCCGCGAGAAUAAGUGUCUGCUGCUGUUUUUCUUCCUGUUCAUCCUGGUCAUCUUCCUGGCAGAGCUCUCAGCGGCCAUCCUGGCCUUCAUCUUCAGGGAAAAUCUCACCCGUGAAUUCUUCACCAAGGAGCUCACCAAGCACUACCAGGGCAAUAACGACACAGAUGUCUUCUCUGCCACCUGGAACUCGGUCAUGAUCACAUUUGGUUGCUGCGGGGUCAAUGGGCCUGAAGACUUCAAGUUUGCAUCAGUUUUUCGGCUCCUGACUUUGGACAGUGAUGAGGUGCCAGAGGCCUGCUGCCGAAGAGAACCCCAGACUCGGGAUGGGGUCUUGCUGAGCAGGGAGGAGUGUCUCUUGGGACGGAGCCUAUUCCUAAACAAACAGGGCUGUUACACAGUGAUCCUUAACACCUUCGAAACCUACGUCUACCUGGCUGGAGCCCUCGCCAUAGGGGUGCUGGCCAUCGAGCUUUUCGCCAUGAUCUUCGCCAUGUGCCUCUUCCGGGGCAUCCAGUAGAGGGUAGGGCCUGCAGCCUGAAGACACCCUGCCCACCACUGCCCAGCACACAAUGCCCUCCCCUGUCCCUCCCCCCAUCCUCUUGUUCCCCGGGGAGGAGGCAGGCCAUCAUGGAUGGCCAAAAGAAGGGCCAGGGGAAUAGAGCUAUUUUUUUAACAAAACAAAAUGAAGACAAUAUGGACUGAUGUACCCUCACCUGGACUCCAGGCAGGUGCCAUGGGCUCUCCACAGGAACCCUAACAUCUAGUCCAGGAUGCGGUCGCUCUAGAGACCGAAGGAACACCAGUACCAGGUCCCUUUCUUGGCCCAGCCAGACUCUGCCAUCCCAGACCUGGGCCUUCUCUCUUCACAGAGUCAGGACCUGGUGCCACGAAAGUGAGGAUUUAUGAAACAGGAGGCAAAAGCAAAUCUCGGAGGAGUCGCCAAAGUCCAGGGGGCCCCAAAGAGACUCAGUCCCCACGUUCUUGAGUAUUCAGACCCUACAGCGCAAUCCCUCGUGCACCGGAAGAUGGAGUUGUCCCUGCUUCAGGCUGGGGCCAAUAAUGGGCUGUGGACGCUGGAUCCAAGAAUGGCCCAGCUGGCAGGGUCCUUGCUUUCCCAUCUUUUGGGACCAAAUAAUCUCAAAGGCCCAGAGAGGGGCAGUGACCUGUCCACAGUCACACAGCACAGGCAUGACAGUUGUGAACAGGAACCUGGGUCAUCUCUAGGCUGCUGUCACUCCAUCCAGGACUGUCAGAUCUGCUGCUCACGAGCCCCUCUGGCCUCAGCUAGGAAAAUUCUGUACUAUGCCCUCCCUGCCCUCCCACCUUUCCACACUUCUCUCUAAGCCCCCACAAACACACAUGUACACACAUCGCAUUCCCUUGUCUACACUGCCCACCUCACCCCACAAGCCACCCCUUUCUUGUCUUUCCCCAACUCCCUGGCUCCCAGGGUGGAAGAAACAUCCAAGAUCAUCUGGUUCUCCCUCUCCUCACCCAGAACUGAGGCUUGGAUGUCUUCUGCAUGAUCCCUGCCAAGACUUCUCCACCUCUUCUUGCAUACCUCUGUGGACGGGAAGCUUACUACCUCCCAAGGCAGCCUCUGCCUUCGGACUGCUCUGGCUUUAGAAAAUCAGCUCAAUAUACAGAAGAGGUCUCUUUUUCUCUGGUUCCGUCCAUGGCAUCCCACCUGCUCACUCUCUUUCCUGGAGUGUUACGGUCACACUCCCCUGAGCCCUCUUACCUUCAGGCUAAAGAACCCCCAGGACAUCUCAGCUGUUUCUGCUGUGACACAGUUCCCUGUCCUUUUGCAGUCCACGUCAUAUUUCUGAGUGUUCCCUCCAGGCUCAGGCAGGGAGAGGCUUCCCCACAGACUCACAGAUUCAUACCCACAUGACACCCACAAAUACACAGGCCUCACAUUCUAGACCAGUGUUGGCAGCUGGAUUGCAAGAUGCCUCGACCCUAAUCAAGUUCUGCCAGCGACCUGAGUUUUGGUCUGGACACAGCGGGAGAGAACAGCGUAAUCCUGGUUAGUCAUGUCUGCCAUGGGUACAGGGAUGGUAGAAGCUGCCUGUUCUCUCUCCACUGUCCCUCUUCAGGUCCUAGGAAGAGGCUGUUCUGUCUCACAAGCCACUGGCACCCUGUACCAGCUCCCAGCCUCUCCUGGUGCCUGGGGGAGAGAGAGCUACAGCCUAGAGCCCAGGGUUGCCUGCCCUUGCCAGCUGCCCCCCUCUGAGACGCAGCCAGCUCUGUGCCUGCUGUAAAGAUUGUUUGACCUUCUCCCAUCUCCUUCUGCCCCCUACCAGCCCUGGCCCCUCUCUCCAGGUAUCUGAGCUUGGGCUUCCCAAGUUGUCCUACCAGCCUGUCCUGGAGACUACAAAUAAUGCCAGGAGCUCCCUAGAGGCUGAGCUCCCAGGAUCCAGGGGCACUUGCAACUUGGUUCCCCAGCCCAGCCUCAGAAGACCUGGGGCCUGCCCUCUCAGGACCCACUCAUUCUUAGCUCCAGCUUCCUGGAAGAGACAAAUGGCCAGUCUGAAGUUGACAAAAAUCCCAAACGCAGGCUGGGUAGGACUAAGUCAAAUCACACAGCUGUGGCUCCAGUCCAGGGACAUCCCAGGCUUCUGGGGCCCAUAAACAAAGUUAGAGGGAGGACCCAGGAGAAAGGGCAGGGCACGGAGGGGCAGCUGGCUGAGGUGGGUUCAAGGGUGGAUCUGACAACUUCAUUCCCACGGCCUUUCCAUAAAGGUGUCAAGGCGCCCUAAGUCAGCCCCAAUUCACUCCCCAGCCAUUGACCAUUCUCAGGCUGGAAGGGGAAAGCUGGCAGUCUCUGUUCCCAGCACGGGCUGGUAGCUAUUUGCAAGGCUGCCUGAGGCCAUUCCUAGGGGGCAUUCAAAAGAAAGUUCAGCCCAAAUCAGACUUGAGCCUCCCUCCAGACCUGCAGGCACCAGGAUUCACCCAGAUACAACCCACAUUAGGUUCUGGUGGUGCUGUUUGGUGGAAGGAGAGGGAUGGGUAGGGAUGCUUCUUUUUUUCUUUUUGCUCCAGGAUACAACAGCGCACACCCCACUAACAGGGCAAGGAACAAGGAAGACUUUACACUGUUAGUCACACACCCUGUCCUGUACUGAAAGCCACUUUCCUGCUCCAAAGCUUCUGCCUCUUGGAGAAGGGAAUAUAUCUUACGGGCUGGGAGUCAGGAGCUCAGGCCCUUGCCCAGGCUCCUUGUUAAUGUCCAGCCUUGUUGCUUGGGCCUCUCCUUAGCCUUUCCUGUCCCUCUGUCCAUGCCCAAGGGGCCCAGACAGGAAUCCCCAAACCAGCAGAGGCCCCAGCAUCCCUGUCUCCCCAGAGGCCCCCUGUUCCUGUCCCCCGUGAGUCCUAUGUUGAAAGUCUAUUUUAAAAACUGUACAUGUUCCUUGCGGUAGAUAGCAGAGCUAAUUUAUCAUGUUUAUUUCCUGUGAGCCCCCCCCUUUUAUAUUAUAUAUCGAGAAGUUUUUGUAAUAUAAAACAGGACACCCACACUGAUGGUUUUGCACUGGUUUUUGUGACUGUUUCUUACAAAAAGAAAAAAGA